ACUGUCAGCUGUGUGGUCCUGUCAUCUGUCCCCUCACAUACGGGGCCCUUUUAUUUUGUUAAAAAAUACUUUUUAAAAAUAAAUUAAGGAAUACUAUUAAAAUUAAAUUUUUAUUCGAAAUGCAAGCAGCGCUUAGAAACACUUUUUGUGUACCUUCUAAGUGGUUAUUUAAAAACCCAACCGCUUUAUUUCACGCAACAAGUGUUCAAAAUGGUGCAAGAUGGUUUCCAGAUGAAGAAUAUUUUAACUCAUUCAAAGGACCCGUGAUGUAUCCUGAUGAUACCACAAAACACUGGGCUUUACAACCAUGGCGUCAAAGUGAAUCGCCCAUUGAGAAGGAAGUGAAGAAUGUUACAAUCAAUUUUGGGCCACAACAUCCAGCUGCUCACGGUGUAUUACGUUUGGUCCUUGAGUUGGAUGGAGAAAUAGUAAAGAGGUCUGAUCCUCACAUUGGACUCUUACACCGAGGAACAGAGAAAUUAAUUGAGUACAAAACUUAUACUCAAGCUUUACCAUAUUUCGAUCGGUUGGAUUAUGUUUCGAUGAUGUGCAAUGAACAGUGCUACAGUUUGGCUGUUGAAAAGUUGCUUAAUAUUGAGGUACCUCUUAGAGCUAAAUAUAUCAGAGUACUGUUUGCUGAACUAACGAGAAUUCUAAACCAUAUCAUGGGUAUCUGUACACACGCCCUGGAUAUUGGUGCUUUGACACCGUUCUUCUGGCUCUUCGAAGAACGUGAAAAAAUGAUGGAGUUUUAUGAGCGUGUAUCCGGAGCUAGGAUGCAUGCGGCUUACGUUAGACCAGGUGGUGUUUCAUUGGAUAUGCCAAUAGGUCUAAUGGAUGAUAUUUAUGAAUUUAGUUCAAAAUUUAGCGAAAGAUUGGAUGAAGUAGAAGAUUUACUUACUUCAAAUAGACUAUGGAAGCAAAGAACCCAAGAUAUCGGAGUUGUGUCUGCCGAAGAUGCUCUUAAUUAUGGAUUUAGUGGUGUAAUGUUAAGAGGUUCAGGAAUCAAAUGGGAUCUACGUAAAACCCAGCCUUAUGAUGCUUACGAUCUAGUCGAAUUCGAUGUGCCUAUUGGUAGUAAAGGUGAUUGUUAUGAUCGUUAUUUGUGUCGUAUGGAGGAGAUGCGUCAGUCGCUGAGGAUUAUUGAACAAUGUUUAAACAAAAUGCCCCCAGGCGAAAUUAAAACUGAUGAUGCUAAAGUUACGCCGCCUUCCAGACAUGAAAUGAAGACUUCUAUGGAAGCCCUGAUUCACCACUUCAAGCUUUACACUCAGGGGUACCAAGUACCACCUGGAACUACAUAUACAGCUGUAGAAGCUCCAAAAGGUGAAUUCGGAGUGUAUUUAGUAUCCGACGGAAGCUCAAAACCUUACAGGUGUAAAAUUAAGGCUCCAGGAUUCGCCCAUUUAGCAGCACUGGAUAAGGUGGGUAAAAAUCAUAUGUUAGCCGAUAUUGUGGCUAUUAUAGGAACGCUGGAUAUCGUAUUUGGUGAAGUCGAUCGAUAAUUUCUUUCUAGUUGUCUUUGUUUUAAGAAUUUGUUUGCGGAUUUAAAACGCCUAACAUAUUCGUACUUUAAGUAUUUAAGCAAAUUGUAUAUUGUUAAAUAAACUAAGGAAUUAA